CAGUCUCCCAGCGCUCUCCAGCCGCUGGCGGCCGCCGCCGACAUGGUGUAGCCGAGGCGCAGCGCCGCGUCGUGCAACGCGUACGCCUGCCAGCCGAGCCGGGCGGCCAGUGCGUCGCCGAGCCACAGCGCCCACUCCUCGGCCGCGCACCACAGGCCGAGGCCGGCCUCUUGCAACCGGUGCGAGGCGCGCAGCCAGCCCGAGGCCUGGCCAAGCGGGACGGCCGCGGCCGCUUCCAGCAGGACGCGGGCGAGGAGGAGAGACCAUUGCCUCACCGCGUACGCCUGCCACCGCAGGUAGUCGCUCCACAGGUAGUCGAGCCAGAGGCCGUAGCGCCGCGCCAUGUAGGAGCAGAAGGCCAGCAGGCCGGCCAAGCCGUUCGACAGCCAGCGGAGGUGGUCGUAGGCCAGGUCGGCUGACCCCAUUGAACAGCUGGAUGAAUUUCUAACCAGUUCUAGCCUGAGUGAAGCUUUCCCAUUCCAGCAGGAUGUCUCCCCUACAGUCAGAACUGAAGAUGGUGUGGAUGGCAUGGAAUCCAAUGCAGAGAGCUUAUAUGAAUGUUUCCCUUUUCAAAUGGACAGGAAUGACAAUCUCAGGCCAAUCAAAGAGGAGAAAGCAUCGAAGGUUCUACGCAGCCCUCUGCCCUGUCAGCCUAAUGGAAAUCAAGACAUCAGUUUCAGCCUUUGGAAGAACAUUGAAUCUUAUAUUUUCCUGAAUCCUGUGGCCAAGUCAGAGAGCAGGGAAGAUCCACCAGCUGCUCAGGAGGAGGAUGUGAGCCCUGACACGGAGAGGAAUCAAUGUGAUCUCAACACAUUCAGGCUCCAGCUUUUUGGGGCAAUAUUUGAGAACAACCUGGAGAGAAUUGAUGGCCUCCUGCAGGAGAUUGAGGAUUCCGGGGAAUGUCUCUCCCACCCGAAGCUGAGAGACCCCAACACAGGGCAGACCUGCCUGAUGAAGGCCUUGCUCCAGAUAACCAACAAGGCAGAGGAGCUGACCCAGGACAACAGGACGGUGGAUAUUGUCAAGAAGCUCCUCUCCUUCUCGCAGAAACAUGGGGACCUGUCCGACCUGGUCAACGCCACCUACACGGACAGGAUUUACCGGGGACAGACAGCUUUGCACAUUGCGGUGGAACGCAGGCGCUGCGAUCUGGUCCAGCUCCUGGUCGAGAACGGGGCUGCCGUCGAUGUGAUGGCCAAGGGGAGCUUUUUCCGCAACAAGAGGAACAAGCAGUGCUCCUUCUACUUCGGGGGUUUCCCGCUGGGUCUCGCUGCCUGCACCAACCAGCUGGACAUCGUGAUCUACCUGAUCGAGCACGGGGCCGAUCCCCGGGCGCAGGACCGUGCCGGCAACACGGUUCUGCACGCCCUGGUGUCCAUCGCCUGCGAGAUGGCAGAGACGCGCAGCUUCGUGACGGGGAUGUACGAUCUGAUCCUGAUCAAGGCCGCGGACCUGAAGCCCCACAGCAACCUGGAGAAGAUCACCAACCGCAAGGGUCUGACUCCGCUCCAGCUGGCUGCCCACACUGGCAAGAUCGGGAUUUUUAAACACAUUCUGGGCCGGGAAAUAAAGCAGCAAAAGUACAAGCACCUCUCCCGGAAGUUCACCGAGUGGGAAUAUGGACCAGUGACGUGCUCCCUGUAUGACCUGUCAGGUGUGGAUACCAUUGAGGACAAGUCGGUGCUGCAGACUGUUGUUUACAGCAGCAGGAACAGGAACCGACACGAGAUGCUGUGUGUGGAGCCGAUGAACGAGCUGCUGCAGAAGAAAUGGGAGGAUUUUGGUGCCUACAUGUUCCUCAUCAGCUUCCUCUUUUACCUGUCGUACAUCUUGUGCCUGACCAUCGUGGCUUCUCACAGACCCCCGGCAAACAAGGGACUGGGUUGCCUGUUCUGGGUUAAAACUCAGAUUUAUAUCAUUCUGGCGGCUGUGUACUUUGUUAUUAAGGAGGGAGCAGAGAUGGUCUACCUCAGGCGCUCCGACCUCCAUUCCGUGCUGGUGGAUGGCUCCUUCCACAUCCUGUUCCUUAUCCAGUCAGGGCUUGUGCUCAUCUUCACCUCACUGUGCUGGGUGGAUGUCGAAGGUUCCCGAGUCGUGCUGGUGCUGGCCUUGGCCCUUGGCUGGUUCAACGUGUUGUAUUACACGCGAGGCUUCAAACUCACGGGAAUUUACUGUGUCAUGAUUAAAAAGAUUAUCCUGCAAGAUAUCCUGCGGUUUCUCUUAGUUUAUGUGGUUUUUAUCGUGGGGUUUGCGGCAGCUCUUGCCUCGCUGAUUGAGGAUUGCCCGCCCGGAAUCGAAUGCCCAUUUAAUGGCUUCAGCACGGCCGUCUUGGAGCUCUUCAAGCUCACCAUUGGCCUGGGGGACCUGGGCGUCCAGAAGCACUCGCGGUUCCCUGUUUUCUUCCACAUGUUGCUCGUGCUCUAUGUCGUCCUCACCUUCGUCCUCUUGCUCAACAUGCUGAUCGCUCUGAUGGGUGAGACUGUGACCAAGAUUUCCAGUGACAGUGAGAAGAUCUGGAAACUGCAGAGGGCUGUCACUACUCUCUACUUUGAGCGGAGGCUGCCCAGUUGGGUCCGGACGAGAUGUAAAAACAACCAUAGCUUCACGGACGUGACAGUGGGGCUGACGCCCGAGGGGAAAGAGGACCGACGCUGGUGCCUGAGGCUGAACGAGAUGAAGUGGACGGAGUGGGACACCCAGAUAGAGGCGACGGUGGGAUCAGAAUAGUCACAGUUUGCGUUUGUGUAGUGCCUGUCAGCUCCACAGUCCAAUCAGAGGUCCCCAGUGUGGCAGGAAGCACAGCAAGACUUCACAAUCUGCGAGAUCAAUCUCCAUACUUCAAUGAAGGUGAUUGCUGGAGAAAUACUGACAACAGGACAGAAAUAACUUCUCCCUCUUCAUCAGAACGGUGGCCCCAAUAUUGUCUCCUCCCUCUGGAAUGGGCACAGACUUGGUUUCAUUUUCAGUUCAGAGAAUAGCCCUUCCUACUGCCCAGUAUUGCCUCCUCCCCUCCCCUCCCCUCUCGCAGCACAGUGUUCCCUUCCAUUACCUCUCCCAUGACAUUUCAUCCUUGCCAAAUCUCUCUCAUUGCACAGCACUCCUUUCUGGUCACCCCUCCCACUACACGGCACUCCCUCUUCACCACCCCUCCCACAGCACAGAGUCUCCUCCCAUGGUGAGGCGUUCCCUCCACCAGCACCCUCCCGUGGCACGAUGCUGCCUCAGUGCAGCACUCCCUCUGUGCUGGAUGUUCCCGAUCAGGUGCUGCAAUGUCUGGUCUGGAUGAAUGGGAUUUAACCCCACACCCCUCGACUGACCUACCCACCUCCUUCCCCCACACCUCGAAAUGCUCAUCCUCAAAGCUGCACUGUGAGGUGUCCCUCACCCUGCCUGCACCGUUGGUAACCUCGAGCUCCUCGCUCCCUGACAGGGUGUCAGGUAUAAAAAAAAUUUACUUCAGAAUAAAAUCUAAAACAAAGAA